CAAAGUCAUUACUGUUCCACUGUAUGCCCCCAAGCCAGCUUAUCACAUGACAACACGUGGCACACACAAGACUGUGGGCCACCCUAUUCACCUCGUCCAACCAAUCACCAUCCCCACCAGCCCCAAAUUUCGAACUGCUCUGCAAAAUCCAAAUUGUUCCCAAAUUUUAAACCAUUUUCUAUUGAUUUGCAUCUCUCUUUUUCCUUUCUCUCCGCCAUUAUCGCCCAGCUCAAAUCCUUCUCAUAUAUAUAUAAAUGGGCUUACCAGAUAUGCAAUCACAUCUGCUUCCUGUGUCCAAUCCCCACACCCAAUCACCAUCCUCAUCCUCCUCAUCUUCAUCGUCUUCCCCGAACAUCAAAACUGGAUCAGCCUCGCCCACGAUUAUGAUCAGGUCUGUGGACGAUCUGGGGGCUGCGGCGGCGGCGAGGAUGCUGGUGGAUUCGUCCUUCGAGGAGAACGAGACGAGGCCCUUUAUCGCGAGGACCUCGAGUUACACGGAGGCAACCUCCGCCAAAUCGAGUUCGGCCCAGCAGAAGAGGCGGCGUCGCGUGGCCAGCGACAACUCCAUUCUGGAUAUAUCCGUAGUCCCGAUCACCGCAGGCCGCCGGCCGUCUUUCCGGCAGGAUGUGGGGAGAGCCGCCUCUGACACUUUUUUGGUUACUCGGCUUAGCUUUAAGCUGUUGCGAUAUCUGGGGGUAGGUUACAGAUGGAUCAUCAGAUUUCUUGCUCUCGGCUGUUAUGCUUUCCUUCUUUUUCCUGGUUUUGUUCAAGUUGGAUACCAGUACUUCUUCUCCAGUCAAAUACGUCGAGGUAUAGUAUAUGGAGACCAGCCCAGAAAUAGACUUGAUCUGUAUCUACCGAAAAACAGUAAGGGACCAAAACCAGUUGUUGCAUUUGUAACAGGUGGAGCCUGGAUCAUCGGUUACAAAGCAUGGGGUACUCUUUUAGGACAGCAGUUAGCAGAAAGAGACAUUAUAGUGGCUUGCAUAGAUUACAGGAACUUCCCUCAGGGAACUAUUAGCGAUAUGGUGAAAGAUGCUUCUCAGGGUAUCUCAUUUGUAUGCAAUAAUAUUGCUGAAUUUGGAGGGGAUCCAAACAGAAUAUAUCUCAUGGGACAGUCGGCUGGUGCCCAUAUUUCUGCUUGUGUUCUGGUAGAGCAGGCAAUCAAAGAGGACAAUGGACUGAAAACUUCUUGGAGUGUUUCUCAAAUAAAAGCUUAUUUUGGUUUAUCUGGAGGGUACAAUUUUUACAACCUGGUGGAUCACUUUCACAGCCGAGGCUUAUACCGGUCAAUUUUCCUAAGCAUAAUGGAGGGGGAAGAAUCUUUCCAGCGAUAUUCUCCAGAAGUUGUGGUGCAGGACCCGACCAAUAGGAAUGCAGUUUCCUUGUUGCCUCCUAUAGUGCUUUUCCAUGGCACGGCUGAUUAUUCCAUCCCUUCUGAUUCCAGCUUGAUAUUCAUAGAGAAGGUCGAUAAAGGUCAAAGUAAUUUGUUACUUAUUCCAUGUAAAAGUUUCGCAGAGACCCUUCGAAAUCUGGGUGUUCAAGCCGAGUCGAUACUUUAUGAAGGAAAGACACACACAGAUCUGUUCCUUCAGGAUCCAAUGAGAGGUGGGAAAGAUGAGAUGUUUGAGGAUUUAGUUGGGAUGAUUCAUGCGGGCGAUCAGGAGGCACUGGCCAGGGAUGCCACAGCGCCUCCAAGAAGGCGUCUCGUGCCCGAGUUCAUGUUGAAAUUGGCACGUGCUAUUAGUCCAUUCUAGCUGUGUCAUUGUUUAAAUUACAGAUACCUCCCCUGAGAUAUUGCGAAUUAACGAAAGGAGCCCGCACGUAUUGUGAGGGGCGGGGUUAAUUUGUAGUUUCAGAAAAUGACUGGGACAUUUCGAAAUUAGGCCUAAGGUUGAGGUCAUUUUUUUUUAUUGUGAAGUUUGAUCAGCAUAGUUGGAUGAUCCUACUUUUUAAUGGGACUUGGAUACGAAAGUGAACGUCACUGAAAGCUAUGAGAAAGAGAUAAAAGCUCUCUGUCUAAAAACAAAUAUUUACCUAAAUUAGAUUUAAUAGCAAUUUUCUUUUAUAAAACUUUAGUUGCAAUUACAAGUUUGAAAGAGUUUUUGCACGAAUCUGUAAAACGUCUUCAACAAAGAACUGAUUAAAAUAUGAUGUUAUGGGAUUGUUGGGCAACUUGUUCAUGAAGUUUUAAGGAGUUGACUGUCAUAGUGCUUUUGUACGGAAAUUGAGUUGACUUGUUCAUGGAGAUGACUUCAUCAGUGUUUAUAGCCGAG